UCAUCGUUAGAUCCCAAGAAAAACGAAAGUGCUUCUGCUUUGUACUUCCUUAUUCUUUUUCCUUCUGUCACCGGACGAUGAAGAUUCUCGUCGCAGUUAAACGUGUCGUCGACUACGCCGUCAAGAUCCGUGUCAAACCCGAUAAGACUGGUGUAGAUACACAGAAUGUGAAGAUGUCGAUGAAUCCAUUCUGCGAGAUCGCGCUUGAGGAAGCUCUUCGAAUCAAAGAAGCUGGUUUCGCCAAAGAGGUCGUCGCAGUGAGUAUCGGUCCUUCACAGUGCGUUGACACGCUUCGCACUGGUCUAGCCAUGGGUGCGGAUCGUGGGAUCCAUGUCGAGGCUAAUUCUAGUUUCCUCCCUUUGACGAUUGCUAAGAUCUUGAGGAGUCUCGCUGAAGUCGAGAAUCCUGGAUUGAUUUUCCUCGGGAAACAGGCAAUAGAUGAUGACUGCAAUCAAACAGGACAAAUGGUUGCAGCUUUGCUUGGUUGGCCACAAGCAACCUUUGCAUCAAAGGUUGUGUUGGAUAACGAUAAGCAUGUUGCAACCGUGGAUAGAGAAGUAGAUGGAGGUCUUGAAACUCUUAGUGUAGACUUACCCGCUGUGAUAACAACUGAUUUGAGGCUGAACCAACCAAGAUAUGCAACACUCCCCAACAUAAUGAAGGCAAAAUCGAAGCCGAUAAAGAAAAUGACGUUGGAGGAUCUGAAAGUAGACAUUAAAUCGGACAUAGAGAUCGUGGAAGUCACAGAGCCUCCAAAGAGAAAAUCUGGAGUUAUCGUUUCUUCAGUGGAUGAGUUGAUAGAUAAGCUCAAAAACGAAGCUCAUGUAGUUUGAAGAAAGAAAGCUUGUAUGUCUUUAUCCCCAAUAUGCUACACACUUGAUCCUUCUUUUUUAGCUACAUUGCUAUUUCAGGCAUGAAGUUGGAAGUAAAUAAAACAAUCGAAAUGGUCGAAUUAAUCGAAAUAUCUUUGUGAUAAUAUAAAGA